AUGUUUUCCUCGAGCUGCAGGAACGACAACUCGAGCUCGGGUCGGGAAUCCUUCUUUGAGCGAGCUAGAGAUCUUCUAAGAUUUUUUAAUAUUCUUCUUCCAAUUAUCGAUUACACCAACUAUGCUAUAUUAGGAAUAACAUGUGCCCUUGCAUAUGAACUACCAAGUAAACCAUUGAGUGAACUUCAAGAUGAAUUAAUUAAAACACUCCAUCACAAAGGAUCGCAUGAAUUAUUGCAUAAUAAUAAUAAUAAUGAUUCUCCAUCACACGAAACCAUUGAUAAACAUCAUUAUCAAAAACACAUUCAAGACAAAUAUUCUGAUCUAAUAUACUUGCAUCCAUCAGAAUAUUUAGAUCAAAAUUCAUAUGGGAAGAAAAAUGUGUAUAAAAAUUAUAUUCCUGGACCUUAUAGUGCAAAUUAUUACCAAAGUAAACCAAUAUAUUAUUCAUCAAACACUCAUCAAAAUUUGAAGAACUCAAAAUUUGAUUCUGGAAACCAAUUUGAGUCAUUUUGGAAUCCCAUCUAUCAGAAGAGUCCUUACAUUCGCCGCCAAGACGUUAUUCCAAAAACUCAUCAACAUGCUGUUUAUCACAUAAUGGGAAGGCGAAGUAUCGACGAUAAUAAAUUCUCAAAAGUAACAGAAACCACCUCUUGGCUUAACAAACUUGACCAAAUUCAUUUGCAAUACCAUAGAUCAUCAAGACACGCACUAUAUUCAAAACUUGAAGAAAUGUUUGACAAACAAGGCAAGAACGGAACUGAGUGCGUACUAAGAGCAUUGUGUGAAACUGGAAAUAGGAGCCAUGAAACCGAACCUGGAGAAGUAGUAACUGAAGUCUUACGAGCUGUUUUUACUUUACCCAAGGAUUCCCAGAUGAAUUAUAACAACUUCCACCCUGUCCAUAAGGCUCGAGAUGAUGCUCAUUGGAAUCAGAAAAACUGUUCGCAGGCAUACCCUUUGUGUGAAAAUUUUAUUUGGGAUGGUAAUUUCAGAAUCUAG